CUAACCCUCUUCGUUGAACGCUACAGCUUCAGUGUAUCUAUUUCAAUGCAUACUUAGUAUAUGUGUCACACUGAAAUCUUCAAACUGCACACACUUCAACAGUUUCCUGUGGGAUUAAGGAUUUUUACGGCACAGAUAUGCACCUUCACAAGGUCCUGGUUUGUAUCACAUGGAUUCUUUGUGCAUAUUCUGGGUUGGGAUCCUGCUCAGAAGACGAGACGAAGCUGGUGAAAACCCUGUUUACCGGUUAUAACAAAGUGGUUCGUCCAGUUAACCACUUCAGCGAUGCUGUAGAAGUCACAGUGGGCCUGCAGCUUAUCCAACUUAUUAGUGUGGAUGAAGUCAACCAGAUUGUGACCACUAAUGUCCGACUCCGACAGCAAUGGAAAGAUGUGAACCUUCAGUGGGAUCCAGAUGCUUAUGGAGGCAUCAAAAAGAUCCGAAUUCCUUCAACAGACAUAUGGAAACCCGACUUAGUUCUGUACAACAAUGCCGAUGGUGAUUUUGCCAUCAUCCAUGAGACCAAAGUGCUGCUGGAGCACACAGGCAUGAUAACAUGGAACCCACCUGCUAUCUACAAGAGUUACUGUGAGAUCAUUGUCCUUCACUUCCCAUUUGACCUCCAGAACUGCAGCAUGAAACUGGGUACCUGGACAUAUGAUGGCACACUGGUCAUCAUCAACCCAGACAGUGACCGACCGGACCUCAGUAACUUCAUGGAGUCAGGUGAAUGGGUGUUGAAGGACUACAGGAGCUGGAAACACUGGGUUUACUACACAUGCUGCCUUGAGACGCCCUAUCUGGACAUCACCUACCAUUUCCUGAUGCUGCGGCUUCCCCUUUAUUUCAUUGUCAAUGUCAUAAUUCCCUGCAUGCUGUUCUCCUUUCUCACUGGACUAGUCUUCUACCUCCCUACUGAUUCAGGUAUGUAAAUGUAGAAACAGCACCCUUUUUCUUUUACGAUUUAAGAGAAUAAUUAAUUUUCACAGUUCUCACAAUGAAUUUGCAGAAGCAUGUAUUGAUGUUAUUCUUAAACCUCAGUGUUUGCUGAGGUUCAAAGUGUAACACAUGAAAGCAGAACAACCAUAAAAUAAUGU